AUGGCUAUAAAGCCAUCAACCGAACCUGCAAAGAGAGGACAGAGAGGAAGAAUCCAAGAGACAACACCAGCAACCAAAAUCCGAGAGAACAACAACCAAAACCACCAAAAUAAAAUAGAUAGAAACCUUACAGAGCCGAAGCCUCCAAAUCUCGUCGGAGAAGCAAAAUAUCGAAGGUAUUUUUUUAGAUCUAGGCAAAUACGGGACGCUUUAAGAAAAACAAGGGUCAAAGUUGAGCGUAGAUCACUCGGAUCUAUCGUUCGAGAGGUUUUUGUAUUUUCCGGCCACCAGAAGCGGUGGCCGGCGGUGAGGUUGGCGACGGCGCAAGGCUGCCGGCCGGUGACCGGCUUCCCUCCGGUAAAGCACAAGUACACGAUUGCACCUCGUUCGACUAUUUCUGAAGCAAGGAAAUCUCCUCUGCUUCUUUUGGAAGGAAGGCAGAAAGAUUCUGCAAAAGCAAAGAAGAAAGGCAUCAGCAUUCUUACUAAAACCCAAGUUGAUGCAGAAUUUUUGAAAACGAGGAGCUUGACUGCUGAAGAAGCUGCUGCAGCUGCAGCACAAGCAGUUGCGGAGGCAGAAGUUGCAAUCGUAGAAGCUGAGAAGGCAGCAAGAGAGGCAGAACUGGCAGAAGCUGAAGCAGAAGCAGCAAAAGUUUUUGCUAAAGCAGCCGAGAAAGCAUUGAAGUCCAGGAUGCUAGAUACCUGUUACGAACUUGUGCAGAUGGCAUGAGUGGAUAUUCACCAUUUGGUCUU